CUGGCCAGGGCUGCGGGGGGCUUCCACACCCACGGUUACGCUUCUGUUUUUGUUUUUGGUAGUCUCACUACGCCGCGAUCUCGGUUCGUUCAUCCCCUCAAACACCGCCGCUGCUUCUCUGUCCGACUUUCCUCACCGACUUCGCCGGCUUUUAUAGUUUAUCCACCAAGAGCACCGUUGCCGACAGCGACAGCCCGACACAAGAAUGGUCAUGGGGUCGACAGAGACACAGUGGCGUCAGGCAGAGCUCCCACAGCUCCAGGGCUGGGCAGAGAAGGGAUUGCUGACACAGCCAAAGAUGAUCAUCAGUAACAUGGAGGCUCCAGUUACAAAUGGCCCCAGUGGAGGAGGAACCACAGCCAAUGGGCCAACCACCAACAGCCGUGGCUGCCCCUCACCCAUGCAGACUGGCCCAACAAACGACGACAGCAAGACAAACCUCAUUGUCAACUACCUGCCCCAGAACAUGACCCAGGAAGAGUUCCGCAGCCUGUUCGGUAGCAUCGGCGAGAUCGAAUCCUGCAAGCUGGUUCGCGAUAAGAUCACAGGACAGAGUCUGGGCUACGGUUUUGUCAACUACAUUGAUCCAAAGGAUGCAGAGAAAGCCAUCAACACAUUAAAUGGACUCAGACUUCAGACCAAAACAAUCAAGGUGUCAUAUGCGCGACCCAGCUCAGCCUCUAUCCGUGACGCUAACCUGUAUGUGAGUGGCCUGCCCAAGACUAUGACCCAAAAGGAGCUGGAGCAGCUCUUCUCCCAGUAUGGACGCAUCAUCACCUCCCGUAUCCUUGUCGACCAGGUCACAGGCCCCGCAGGUGGCUCCAGAGGUGUUGGCUUCAUCCGCUUUGAUAAGAGGAUAGAGGCUGAGGAGGCCAUCAAGGGCCUGAAUGGCCAGAAGCCAUCGGGUGCUGCCGAACCCAUUACGGUCAAAUUCGCCAACAACCCCAGUCAGAAGACCAGCCAAGCUCUUCUGUCACAACUCUACCAGUCCCCCAAUCGCCGGUACCCUGGCCCCCUUCACCACCAGGCUCAGAGGUUCAGGCUGGACAAUUUGCUUAAUAUGGCCUAUGGCGUAAAGAGGUUUUCGCCUAUCACUAUUGACAGCAUGACCAGCCUGGUUGGCAUGAACAUCCCCGGGCACACGGGCACCGGUUGGUGCAUCUUUGUGUACAACCUGAGCCCAGAUUCAGAUGAGAGCGUGCUCUGGCAGCUAUUUGGGCCGUUCGGCGCAGUCAAUAACGUUAAGGUGAUCCGUGACUUCAACACCAACAAGUGCAAAGGCUUCGGCUUCGUCACCAUGACAAAUUACGAUGAGGCGGCGAUGGCCAUUGCCAGUCUCAACGGCUACAGGUUGGGCGACCGGGUCUUGCAAGUCUCCUUCAAGACUAACAAGACACACAAGUCCUGAACUUUAACAGGUAGAAGCAGUUGCCUCGCGACUUUGUCUGCUCCAAAAUUGCCCCCAACCCCCCCUACCCCCACCUCCACCCAUCCCUUAGCCCCUUCAGUCACUACCACUACCACCCUACUACAGCCAUCCAACACAGCAAACUUCAACCGGAACACAAAGCAACCAACAAACCAUCAAACAAAUUGAACUAGAAAUGGCUUAUAUUAUAACUUUGGACCUAUAAGCCAAUGUUGCCUAAGUAUUACAAAAAUGAAAUGAUGAAAAUGUUCACGAGUUUUUGGAAGCUCCUGUGAUAAAGCAGGCUUCUCUUUGUUGUAUAUUCUUUCUGUUUGUUGUGGUUGUUACAAUGUUUUUCUCUUCUGUGUAAACAGUAGCAAAUCCCUGUAUCCCCUUAUUUCAGAGAAGAGAACGUCCUUUUUUCGAUUGGAACCUUUUCUCUGUCUUGAUUCAGGAUUUGUUUUUCUUUUGUAAAUCCGGAUCCACUGUCGUUAGUAUUAUGAACCUCCCGGUCUAGUAAAUGGGAGGCGGCUCUUUUUUAAAUUGGUAAACCAUUCAUUCAUUUUUAGUGUGUAUUUAAAAGCGUCCCCUUAUCAAUUAUAUAUGGGAUUCCACAAUCCCGGUAACUCUGAUGUAGAAAAAAAAAGAAUUUCUAACAUUGUUUUUGUUUUGUAUCGCAAACAAAACAUAAUGUCUUUCCUCACUUGGGGUUCAGGGAGAUGGGGCAAGGGAGGGGAUGGGUUAGCUUUCCUGAUGACACGUUAAG